GCACCCGACACAUUCACAGCAAGUACGUUAGUCAGCUUAUGGAUUUUUGACAACGUACUGGAAUUUUUACACUGAUUUUAGCGAAAUCAUCCUUUGGUUUAAUUACAGACUCAGGUUUCCUUAUCACCUGGAUACAUCGUUGAUUUUAUAGUUAUGGAGGAGAGAGGGUUUGGAGCGAGGCGCGGACAAUGGGAAUGGCGGAGCGUUGCUUUCAUUGUGUCUUUAAUUUUGCUGUGGAGCAGAACUUCGGCGCAGAUCAGAUAUUCAAUCCCCGAGGAAGUUAAAGAAGGAACAGUUGUGGGGAAUGUAGCCAAGGAUUUGGGAUUGGAUAAGAGUACACUGAUGGAGAGAGGAUAUCGUAUUGUUGAAGAAUCAAAUGAGUCAUUUUUUAACGUGAACCAGGACGAUGGGAUUUUGUAUGUUGGACGAAUAAUUGAUAGAGAGAAGGUUUGUGAGCACAGCAGCGUGUGUCUGAUCAAUCUAAAAACCGUGUUGGAAAAUCCUUUAGAGAUUCAUUAUGUUACCGUGGAGGUACUAGAUGUGAACGACCAUUCUCCCACCUUCUCCGUCAACGAAUCACGUCUUGAAAUUUCGGAGUCAGCUCUCCCAGGUUUUCGCCUCCAGCUGAAAGCAGCAGAUGAUCCAGAUGCUGGUCAGUUUUCUGUCCAAGAGUAUAAACUAAGUGCUAAUGAUCACUUUCGAUUGGAAGUAAAAAAUCGAGGGAAAGAUGGAAAAAUACCGAUAUUAGUUUUAAUGAAGACGCUGGAUAGGGAAACAAAGACCGGCCACAAGUUGGUUCUUACAGCAGUUGACGGAGGUAAACCAAGCAAAUCUGGGACUGCAGAAAUCAGGGUCGACGUUUUAGACGUAAAUGACAAUGUACCAGUUUUCACGGAAGACAGUUAUUCAGUGUUUCUCGAUGAAAAUGCACCGAUUGGUACAACAAUAAUAAAAGUAAAUGCCACUGAUUUAGAUGAAGGCUCCAACGGUGAGAUUAUUUAUUCUUUGGGAAAUAAUGUAAAUAGGAAAAUACGUGAAAUAUUUCGUGUAGAUCAGAAUACAGGUGAAAUUAUUAUUCAAGGCCUGAUAGACUUCGAAAUACAAGGAAAUUAUGAAAUUGAUAUAGAGGCUUCUGACAAAGGUUCUGCUCCUUUCAGGACAGAAAAAAGCGUUUUGGUGAAUGUUGUUGAUUUGAACGAUAAUACUCCACAGAUUGAAGUUACAUCAUUUUCUAGUGCGAUACCAGAAGACGCAAGAAUAGGGACAACUGUGGCACUGAUUAGUGUUUUUGAUAGAGACUCUGGUCUUAAUGGUAAGAUUGUGUGCUCCUUUAGAGAAGAUGUUCCUUUCGCAUUAUCACCUUCAACACAAGACAAAUUGUAUGCUGUAGUAACAAAAUCUCCCCUAGAUCGAGAAAAACAGCCAAUAUAUGAUGUUACAAUUGUUGCAAAAGAUGCAGGAGUGCCGUCAUUAUCGUCAGAAAAAAGCAUCACUAUUGUUAUAUCAGAUGUCAAUGAUAACAGACCUGAAUUUUCCUUAAGUCCUUACACGUUUUAUCUUUCUGAAAACAACUCUCCUGGAACUUUGCUGUUCUCUGUGAGGGCUUCAGAUCGUGAUGAAGGUGAAAAUUCUCGCAUUUCAUAUCACAUUAUCAGGGACGAAAGAGAGAAUACCAAAUUUAACUCAGUUUCUCUUAACAUUAACUCAGAAAACGGAGACAUUACAGCACUAAAAAGUUUUGACUUUGAAACUCUGAAAACGUUCCAGUUCCAAGUUGUAGUCACAGAUUCUGGAACUCCGUCACUGAGCAACAACGUGACAGUCAACGUGUUCAUUCUGGAUCAGAACGACAACGCUCCAGUCAUUCUGUAUCCACUCAGCUCCAACGGUUCUGCUGAAGGUGUGGAGGAGAUUCCACGGAAUGUCAACGCAGGACACUUGGUGACUAAAGUCAGAGCCUAUGAUGCUGAUAUAGGAUAUAACGGCUGGUUACUGUUUUCACUGCAGGAAGUUACUGACCACAGUCUGUUUGGUUUGGACCGCUACACAGGACAGAUCAGAACACUUCGCUCAUUCACAGAAACAGACGAGGCUGAACACAAACUGGUCAUACUGGUCAAAGACAAUGGGAACGUUUCACUGUCAGCAACAGCUACUGUGGUUGUCAAAGUUGUGGAGCCAAAGGAGGCUUUUGCAGCUUCUGAUGUGAAAAGUCCAGCAAAGGAUGAUGACAAUAAUGUGACUUUUUAUCUCAUGAUAACUUUGGGCUCAGUUUCAGCACUUUUUAUCAUCAGUAUCAUCGUUCUAAUUGCAAUGCAGUGCUCCAAAACCCCAGACUAUACAUCUAAAUAUUUAGAAGAUAAAAAUUAUGAUGGGACACUGUGUCACAGCAUCCAGUACAGAUCUGGGGACAAACAUUACAUGUUGGUUGGACCCAGAAUGAGUAUAGGAUCUACUAUAGUCCCUGGAAGUAAUGCAAAUACUCUGGUUCUACCUGACAGGAGAAAAGCAUCUGGAGAGGUGAGUAAAUAUUAA